AAUUUCGGGGGCGGUAGGAGGUUGUCCCCUCGCUCGUGACGUCAUGCAGGCACGCGCAGUGGGCGGGGCCUCCCGUGUAAUUCUCUCUCCUCCGUUGUGUGUGUUGUCUGUUGUUGUUCGGCCGGCGGAGGAGCUAACCGUUAGCUCCAGCCGUGAAGAAGAUGGUGUAGCGCGAGCGCGCGGAGCAGCUCUCUGGCCUCCGUCCCAUCCUCGGCCUUCAUUCGUUGGGGUCGACCCGGUUGGACCGCGCGUUCGUCGGCUUCACUACGGUGUCGUUCAAUGUAGUCGCUCCAAGCGGGUCGGUGAUAGCGCGAGGCUCAGCCGGACUCCGGCUGCUAGCUUGGGUGCUUCAUCGGUGGUGGUCGAUGGCCCUGAUGUUCUCUUUGUGCGCGCUCGCUGGCCGACCUUUAAUCACAUUAUGCGUUGUUGCGUUAAAGCUGCGAUGCGUUUGUGUCAGCCGAUGCACGUGACCGGGCCGAUUUUGUGCUAACAGCCGCCGUGGCAGCGAAAACCCGGAGCUAGCAGUUCCCAUGUCUUUGUUCGCGUCAGAAAACGGGACACGGUGUCAGAGCAGUUUAGCUGCGCAGGUUAGCGCGGCGGGAAGGCUGGAGCGGUGUUUCUGAUGAGGCUAAAAAUCCCGAUCUCAGAUCAGCUCAUUUCACGGUCAGCUGAGAUGCGGCGCUCGAUUCAGUGACCUUGGACUCAUCAUCUGCAUCCGAUUCAUCCGAAUAAGCCAAACAGCUGGCGGAGACGUCAGGGUUACUAUGGCUCCCAGGUUAGGCUGCAGGCUGAGUGUCGUCUACCUGCUCAUCCUGUCAGCAUGCACUGCUGCUUCUCAAAGGAACGACAACGUCUAUGCAUCUGGCUUUUCCAGUGCCUGCGGCGAUGUGGCGGAGCUCCUCCGGGCGUCCAGCGGCAUCGUCACCAGCCCCGGAUGGCCGUUUCAGUACCCGACCCGGCUGAACUGUAGCUGGAUCAUCAGAGCUCGACCCGGAGACUCCAUCACCAUAAGCUUUCAGGACUUUGAUCUUCAGGGUUCCCAUCGCUGCACCUCCGACUGGAUGUCCAUCAGCAGCUACAGGAGCCUGGACGGCCUCCGGGUCUGCGGAUCCUCGUUGCCGCCGCCUUACAUCACCUCCCAGGACCACGUCUGGAUCCACUUCCACUCGGACGACAGUCUGACGGGGAAAGGCUUCCGACUGUCCUACAUCACCGGUAAGCCAGAAGCCACCAGCUGUGACGUGGACCAGUUCCACUGCUCCAAUGGGAAGUGCAUCCCGGACUGGUGGCGCUGCAACUCCAUGGACGAGUGCGGCGACAACUCUGACGAGGAGCUGUGCGUGGACUCCUCCUUCUCCUUCCAGCCGUGCAGCCUGAACCAGUUCCCCUGCCUGUCCCGCUACACCCGCAUCUACACCUGCCUGCCCCACAGCCUGCGCUGCGACGGCAGCAUCGACUGCCAGGACCUCGGCGAUGAGAUCGACUGUGACGUUCCCACCUGUGGAGAAUGGCUGCGGAACUUUUACGGAUCCUUCAGUUCACCGAACUACCCAGACUUCUACCCUCCAGGUAGCAACUGCACCUGGCUGAUCGACACUGGAGACCACCGCAAGGUCAUUCUGAGGUUUACAGACUUCAAACUGGACGGGACGGGCUACGGAGAUUACGUGAAAGUUUACGACGGACUGGAGGAGAACCCCCGGCGCCUUCUGCGCGUUCUGACUGCCUUCGACUCCAGAACUCCGGUCGCCGUGGUUUCCUCGUCGGGUCAGCUGAGGAUUCAUUUCUACGCCGACAAGAUCAACACGGCCAGAGGCUUUAAUGUCACCUACCAGGUGGAGGGGUUCUGUCUGCCCUGGGAGGUUCCCUGCGGGGGCAACUGGGGCUGCUACGUGGAGCAGCAGCGCUGCGACGGCUACUGGCACUGCCCCAACGGCCGGGACGAGCUGAACUGCUCGUCCUGCCAGGAGGACGAGUUCCCCUGCUCCAGAAACGGAGCCUGCUAUCCCCGAUCGGACCGCUGCAACUACCAGAACCACUGCCCCAACGGUUCUGACGAGAAGAACUGCUUCUUCUGUCAGCCCGGAAACUUCCACUGCAAGAAUAACCGCUGUGUCUUUGAGUCGUGGGUUUGUGACGCGCAGGACGACUGCGGCGACGGCAGCGACGAGGAGAGCUGCCCCGUCAUCGUCCCCACCAGGGUCAUCACGGCGGCGGUGAUCGGCAGCCUCAUCUGCGGCCUCCUGCUGGUCAUCGCCCUCGGCUGCACCUGCAAGCUGUACUCGCUGCGCAUGUUCGAACGCAGGUCAUUCGAAACCCAGCUCUCCAGAGUGGAGGCGGAGCUUCUGAGGAGGGAGGCUCCGCCCUCUUAUGGGCAGCUGAUAGCGCAGGGGCUGAUCCCACCGGUGGAGGACUUCCCUGUUUGUUCUGGCAGUCAGGCUUCAGUCCUGGAGAAUCUGCGGCUCGCCGUCCGCUCCCAGCUCGGCUUCACCUCCCUCAGACUCCCUUACUCCGGUCGCCAUAGCAACCUGUGGCGCAGACUCUUCACCUUCUCCCGAUCCCGUCGGUCGGGCUCCUUGGCCCUGGUCUCCGCCGAUCUGGACGACAGCACCGGCUCUGGCAGCACCGGGAGCUCCGGCUCGGACCUCCUGUCUCCAGACUCCGACGAUACGGACACGGAGAGCGACCGGGGGAGGGAGCGGGGCGUGGGCGCCGUCUGCGGGCCGGUGGCCCCCCUCCCUCACAAAACUCCCCCGCCCUCUGCCGUCGAAGCGGUGGUGUCGCUGGCAGCGCCCGCGGCUUCUGUCACACCAGACCGAUGCCGCGACCGGACCCGGGAGGCUCCGCCUUCCUCCAGCCAGGUCACCGUGGUGACGGCCAGCCAGGAGCCGGAAUGUCACAGGGACUCCUCGGAGGCGCCGGCUCCGUCCAGCUCCGCCCUGCACCGCUUGGCCCAGAACCUGCAUCGCCUUGCCAGGACCUUGACCAGAACCAGCCAAAACCAGCAGAAUCGGGCCAAUCACAGCCCUCUCCACCAGCUGGAGAGAGGAGGAGCCGGCGCCGAGGCAGCAGAGCGGCGAGGGAGCAGGGAUGACGAGGAGGACGUGGAGCUCCUCAUCCCCGCGUCGGACUCUGACUCCUCCUCAUCGUCUUUGAUCAGCGAUGUGCAGCAGCCCCUGCUGGAGCCGCACCCCGCCCUCACCACAGGCCACGCCCCCCACCAUCACCGUGGACACAGUGGUCGAGGAGGGCGGGAUGGUACGUGUGAACACUGCGGGAUGGUGCACACGGCUCAGAUCCCCGACGCUUGUCUGGAGGCCAUGGGCAAGCUGGAGAGCAGUGAUGACGAGCUGCUGCUGUUGUGCUAACGGGCUAACCUGCCAGCUAACAUGCUAACUUUUGAUAGUCUUCUUAAUUAAUCUCUUCAUUACUAUUACCCGUUAUCCAACUAAUCUAACAUUUUCUGCAAGCUAACAUGCUAAAUCACACAUUAAACCUAACUUAUGCUAAACGUUUAGCUUGCUAGCAAGCUAAUCCUUUGUCUCUAAUGCGAACUGACAUUUCUUAAAGCUUUCCAACUAACGAUCUUUUAUCUUACCUGUUUCAUUUCCCACUACCGCUAUCUGAAGUUAAAUCUGUUAGCAUGUUAGCUGGAUCAACGGUUAGCUUCUGUUGAUGUGAAGAUGAACAAACCAGUCAAAGACUUGUCGUUGAUUGGACUGAAACGGUACGAUCUCAAAUCGUGUCGCUGCUUGUGUUCAAAUUCCCUCACUACUAAGUGCACUAAAUUGCCAUUUUGUCGGAGUGAUCUUUAAAUUUCCCAGAAGCCCCUGCAAAAAAAAACGGUGCGUUCGCCACUUUCUAGUGCUGUCCGAAUCUACUAAUUCCAAAUUCGAGUGCACUGAAAAACUAGCGUGCAUCGAUGCUCACUAGAUGACUGAAUAUAGACCACAAUGCAUUGCGAUUGAUCGAUUAUUCAUUUGAAAAUAUGUACGUAUAUUUAUUUUUUUAUAAAUCGUCCAAGUUUUUAAUGAUCAGAAUGCCGUGGAUUCAUAAAUAGUCUUUUAAAAAAAAAUCAUAUUUAAUUUCAAUAAAACAUAUUGUCCGAAACGCAUUAAAAUGGGACUAAUCUAGUCUUCCCGAGUUUUCGGGGGUAGUGAGGGAAUUCGGACGCCGCUGUUGUGCCCCCUCCCCCGGUCCGUCCAUUUACCCCAACCCCCGCUUUCCCUCCCCCUCCGCAAGAAGAACGUCGGUACGUCUGGAAAAGUCCCGGCAGAACAGACUGCACGACAAAAAACCGGAGUUGGGAGAGCUGGUUCAAAGGUCACAACUGUUUUUAAGAUAAGGGUCAUGUGACCAGGAGGCCGGCGCCACAAGGCUUCGCUAGCUUGGUCUUUAUAUGAUAUCUAUUGGAUUUCUACUUGGGUAAAAUGGGGUUCUAUACUGACAGCAGCCACAAAAGUAGAGUUUAGGUACGACUUUCUGCUGAUUUUAACGUUACAUCAAUCGUAGUGGCUUCUGCAGACCUUUGUAUCCACAUGUUUGUAUUAAAACACGCCGGACGUUGACUAAUUAUUAACAGGAAAAACGUCAAUGUAUUGAUUCUGAGAAGUACUAUCAACACGGUUUCUUAUUUGGUUUAAAAGACUGGAAGCACAACAUGCACGUCUUUUCAACUUUUUAAAGAUUGUAUUUACAACUAAAUGUUUCUAUUCAACACCAAAAAAAGAAGAGUCAUUUCGACUCCACCACCAGGCUGCAACUGUUCGUCACAUGACCCUUGUCGAGCGUCUGUUCUUCACGGUGCACGUUCUGGCCGAGGUUCUGGUUCCGUCUUUACCUUCUCUGUUGAGUUUGGAUUCAGAAGUAAAAAGACAAAACAGUCAGAAUGAAGAGAAACAUUGACGGAAUCUUUUUAAGGAAAAGAAAUCUGAACUGGGACCAAAACCAGACGGCAAAAGAAAAGCUGCUUUAUAAACCGCGUGGUUCCGACUUUGUGACAGUUUCACCCUUCCUGGACUGAAGCCUUUCAGAUGCCUGUAUUUCUGAUCUUUGUUACUGUUUUUGGUACUCGGCUGACUUUGUGUGAGUGUGACUGUGUAUAUUUAUUAUUCUUAUCAUUAAUAAUAUGUUUAUGGUUCUUGUGUUAAUUUUGCUGUUGUGUAGAUGUUUUUCAGACCUGCAUGAUUCAGCUUGUUUGAUGUUUUUUGAGUCUGUAAAGUAAACACCUGCUAAACUGCACUAAAGAUUAAAGGGUCACAUUCAGUGAAUUGAUACCAGA